UGCCAACACAACAGAACUCUCAACUCAACUAAACAUGGGAACGAGAAACACCUUCUAUGUUUUCUUUCUUCUAUUCGCAAUCUUAACCGUCCACGUGUCCUUUACAUCAUCAUCCACCCUUGAUUUCACCGACAACCAGCUCAGCAACUUCUUCCUCCCGUUGAACUCCGGCUGCCGUGGAUCCAUCGCAGAGUGUAGUCUCCUCGCCGGAGAUGAAGAUGAUACUGAGUUUCUGAUGGAUUCAGAGAGCAACAGGCGCAUUUUAGCAGGAAGAAGGUAUAUUAGCUAUGGUGCGCUGAGGAGGAACACUGUACCUUGUUCAAGACGUGGUGCUUCUUAUUAUAAUUGUCGGCCUGGUGCUCAGGCUAAUCCUUACCGCCGUGGAUGCAGUGCCAUCACACGAUGCAGGCGUUGAGAUUCUUCUUUUUCUUAUUUACUCUAAUUUAUUUUAUUUUUUAUUUGGAAUUUUUUUAUAUAUAUUUUUGUAAUUGAUGAUAAUAGAUCGAUCUUGUUAUUAUGUACUACGAGUAAUAGUAUGCUACUAUUAUACGAGUAGAUAAAUUGAAGUAGUAGAUUUGAAUAAAAUGAAAUGAAAUGAAAUCUUCAUUGCUGUUUGUA